UAAAUACGGCCACCGCCGCUACCUCCCCAAAGCCCAUAACUUCGUCUUCCACAUCCCAGCUCUCAUAGCCAUACCCUUGUUUGAAGAGAGAGAGAGAGAGAGAGAGAGAGAGAGGGAAUGGAGAAAAGGAGAGCAGAAACCCUCCUACUCUUCUUUAUCUUCUCCAUAGCCGUUGUGGCCGGGGACUGGAACAUCCUCAGCUACAUGGCCAAGAAAAGAGAUCAUCAUCAAGUGGGAAUCAGCCUAAAAAACUACUGCGAGAGCUGGCGGAUGAAUGCGGAGCUGAACAACAUUCGGUGUUUCGACGUGGUGCCUGGCGAGUGCGUCGGCUACAUCGGCAAGUACAUGACCUCCACGCAGUACAAGGUGGACGUGCAGCGGGCUGCCGAGGAGGCCACACUCUUCCUCACAAACAGCUUUCUUCUGGGUGGCGAUGGCAAGGAUGCCUGGGUCUUCGACAUUGAUGACACCCUCCUCUCCACUGUGCCAUACUUCAAGAAGCACCAAUUUGGGGCUGUUUUGCGGUGCAGGGGAGCUACGACAAACAGAACUUCCAUGGAGCAAUGGAUGGAGGAGCGGAGUGCGCCUGCCGUGAAGCAUAUGCUGAAUCUAUACCAUGAGAUCAGAGCACGAGGUUUGAAGGUCUUCCUCAUUUCUUCCAGACGGGAGCAUCUGAGGGACGCCACCAUCGACAACCUUGUCAAGGUUGGGUACCUCGGUUGGGCCGAGUUGAUCUUAAGGUGCUCAGAAGACAGCUACGAUGCGGUAGCGAGUUAUAAGGCCGAGCAAAUGCGAAGGUUGAUGGACCAAGGCUACCGCUUGUGGGGGAUUAUGGGAGACCAAUGGAGCAGUCUUGUAGGCCACCCCAGUGCCGAGAGAACAUUCAAACUCCCAAAUCCCAUGUACUACGACGCUUGAGAUUUCUUUCUUUCUUUCUUUCUUUCUUUCCUUCUUUCUUUUGGAUUUUCCCUCUUCCCAUUCCAUGAAUAAAUAAUCCGCCCCUUCAGCAAUAUAUGAUGGAUGAAAGAUUAAUCUUACCUUUGUAUUGGCCUUGCUACAAGUAAUCUACUUCAGAGACUUUGGAAGCCCUUCA